AUGUCAGAACCUGACCUUUCAUCUGGAUUUGUAGGAAACAUGGAAAAUGGGACUUUUCUGGAGCUGUAUCCCACAUCCCUAUCAACCUCAGUGGAUUCAUCUUCUGACCGUUUAUCCAACGUCUAUGUAUAUGUUUCUAUAUUCCUUAGUCUCUUAGCUUUUCUCCUUUUGCUAUUGAUCAUUGCACUUCAGAGGCUGAAGAACAUAAUUUCUUCCAGUUCCUCUUACCCAGAAUAUAAUAGUGAUGCUGGAAGUUCUUUCACUAAUUUAGAAGUCUGUAGUAUUUCUUCCCAACGAUCUGCUUUCUCAAACCUUUCUUCAUGA